CAUAACACCAAGCUAGUUUUAGGGGUUUUCUCUGUUGUGUCUGUAAGUAGCUUCAAAUAAUGGAUAAAAAACUGGAGACUGAUAAUCUGGAGAUGCGUCUACAGGCGCUGGAGGGUCGCAUAUACGGAGAGAGAAGAAACAAAAGUGGAAAACAAGCAAAGUGUGCAGAGUCUUUGGUCAGGAUCCAGGCGGGUCUGACCAACACGGCCAACAAGAGAGAACGAGUCAAGAUCCUGCACAAGAAGAUUGAGGACCUGCUGAAGUACCUAGACCCUCAGUUCACCGACCACAUCACCGUACCCGACACCAUGAAGCUGGAGUUCAUCCUCGCUGAGGAGGACUUCCUGCUCUCCCAGGCUGCUUUGCUGGAGCAGGUCAGCACCAUGCAGCCGCUGCUGGACAGCACGUACAUCAGAGACGUACCCGAACAUGCUACCAAGCUGCAGCGUCUGUCACAGAUUCACAUCAAAGAGCAGGACCAAACUGAGGUUCAGUCCCAGGAAGUGAAGAAGCUUUUUGAGGAAUACAACAAAAUGAUGUUCCUCUUGUCCAAGCAGUUCACCCACUGGGACGAGACCCUGAGGAGCCUAGAGGAGGCCAAGGGCAUCCGGCCUGUGGAGUAGUUCCUGUCAACACACACACACACACACACACACACACACACACA